AUGUCCGAUGAAAAUGUUGAAAGUUUUGAAAAGGAGUUAAAAAGUUUAGAUAUAAAAUAUUAUGAUUUCAAUCAAUUCGAAGUUCUCGAAACAAUUGGUAAUGGAGGAUUUGCUACUGUAUACCAAGCCAAAUUGAUAGAUUCUAAUUUGAGUACCGAAUACGUCGCAUUGAAAAAAUUUUUCCGAGAAAAUGACGAAGCAACUUACAGAACUAUAUUAAAAGAGAAAAACCAAGAUCUUGGCUGGUCCGAUAAACUCAAUUUAGCGCAACAACUUGCUGAAGCAGUUAUGCAUAUGCACUCCGCUAAUAUUGUACAUAGAGACCUUCAUUCAAACAAUAUACUCAUUCAUAAAAAUAAUAUAAAGAUUGCUGAUUUUGGGCUUUCAAGGUGUUUAGCUGAUGCAACCAACACUAAAACAGGAAUUUUGGGUUAUCCUCCGUACAUGGAUCCUAAUAGUUUUGAACAUUUUGAGCAAGAAACGUAUAAAAUAAAGAAGGAAUCCGAUAUAUACAGCUUAGGUGUGCUCUUGUGGGAAAUAUCCAGUCUACGUCCUCCAUUCGAUAAAUAUAAAGAUAUAGCUGCUGCUUUGUGUCUCAAAAUAUUAGAUGGUACUAGAGAAGCUCCCAUUGACGGUGAGCCAGUGGUAAUAGGUAGUUGUAAAGAGUUAGGGAAUUGGGAAAUGAUUAAAUUUACACAACCGUAUGAACAGUAUCCAGCAUAUUGGCGAUCACCACCUGUAGAAAUUCAGUUAAUAGGUGGAAAUGAAAUUAUGUAUAAUUAUGGUAUAUUUGAUCAAAAAAAAAUAAGUAUAGAAAAUGAAGAGGAUGGUGAGAUACAAAAACGCACUUUGGAUAUAAGAACUAAUGAUCAAUAUGACAUAUGGCAAAAUAAUAGGAACCAUCAUAUUGUUUUAGAUCCUAAAGAAUUCGCAUUCAUUAAAUGCAUCUAUGAUACAGUAAAUAUUGAAAACCUUAAAUAUAAAGUUAUGCAAUUCCAACUAUUGUUGGAAAAUCAUAGGGAUCUCGUAUUGAAUCACACUACUAUCGACUUCAUAACACAACACUGUCAAAGUGAAAGAGAUAAACGACUUUUUUUAUGCGUUAUCUUGGGGUAUUAUGUUAAACAUUGUAAGGACCUAGACACACUUCAAUUACCACAAAAUUUUCGAUCUGAUUUGUUACUUGAAGCACUCGAAGAUUUUCAAGAAGAUACAUUCACAUCUGAUAUUCAACCAAUAAUGGUAUCAGUUGUUGCAGCUUUGGUCCAUCAUAAUGCUACCGUAAGGAUAUCGUUUGAAUGGCUUAGUAUAUUUCGGGUGGCGCAGUCUCUUGAUCCAAAAUAUACUUUUGUCGAUGGAUUUAUUGUUGCUCGUUAUGAUGAGGAAGAUACAUUACGUUUGUUAACGAAAUGGCCGAAAGUAGUUGAUCCUUACUUGGCUCAAAUAGAUGAAUAUAUUUACAUCAAAAUAGCAAAAUGGCUGAUUUCUCUUUGCUCAAAUAUAGAGAAGCUUUCUAGUACUAUGUCACCAGAGGUUCUAGAACUAUGUCGACAAUGGUUUACACGUAUCGUAACGAAGCUAAGUUAUCAUAAUGGCCUGUCAUUAAAUGACGGUGGAAGAUUUAUAUGUUCCAUUUAUGAACAUUUAACAGGCUUGCAGCAUUUAUUUAUUGUUACAUCAAAAAUAUAUCAAGAAUUAUUGCACAUUGCCAAUGAACUAAUUAAAAAGUGUUCAAACAAACAUAUACUCUUUGCAACAGUUCAAGUAGCGAAGUUUAGCGAAUCUACUAUUAAACAGUUUUCUAAUUUAGUAAUUGAAAAUGUUCUCGUUGCUAAAGAUAUUCGAAUUAUUGACAAAAGUCUUAUGGAAAUGGUAUAUUGGAUUUGUGGUCAAAGCUAUGUACCAAAUUUAGAAAUUUUGGAUGUUCCCAAUAGCAUUAGCGAAAACUUAUUAUGCCAUAUUUUGACUUGUUUGGAAAAUCAGACAUCUCAAAUUUAUACGGAUUUCUGGAGAAUAAUUUUUAAUGCAAGAGGCAGUGUCACAAACUUACAUAAACAUUCAUGUGUUAUGAAAAUACGAACAGCCAUUUCUGAUUUAGCAAAUUCAAUUGUUGAUAAAACCAUUGACAUUAAAACAUUACAGGCAAUUUUAUCAAAAAACAGUGUUGAGCAUUUGUACAAAUGUCUUAAUGUUGCUAAUAAUAACAAUAUCAAGGAGACAUUUCAAAGCGUGAUUAUUACUGAAAGUAACAUUUCAAACGUUCGUAAAGAGUAUAAAGCAUUUGAAGAAAUAUUUAGACAUCUUAAGGCUUUUUAUAGCACAUUUUGCCCACCAAGUAAAGUUUCGGAUUCGGAUCAAUAUACUGGUGAUUUAGAAAGGAAAUUAAGGAUAUUGUCAAAAGUACCGCUUAAAGAAACAUUAUCUCCACGGUAUUGGGAACAUCAUGAGGAUGUAAUUCAGAAAGCGGCUGAUAUAUAUAGACUUGCGAAUUCAAAAACUUUUACUAACAUUUAUGAAAUACAAUUAAGUCAACUUACCGAUAAAAUAAAUGUUAACUAUGUUGCUAAUACCUUGAUUCCUGCAGUGCGUGAAGAACAUCAUAAAAUAUUCAAAAAAUACGAAGAUAGAAAAUGGGAGCAUAUUAAAUAUUCCGAAGCAUUCCCUUUAUGGAAAAGUGUUACCAAUAUAAAGACCGAAUUAGAAUUGAUCAAUCAAGCAGUUUAUUUAAGUAAAAGUAAUCAAGAUCUAGAAAUUUCUCUUAACCACCUUACUGCUAUAUCGAAAUGGGACGAACGACUUCAAAAAUUAUCUACAGUUGUUGACAUUUUUAAAGUGCCACUUAAAACCGAGGAUUGGCUAGGAAGAUGUUUGAAAAUUUUAAGAGAAGACGAAUUAAUUUUAGGAAAGGUUGUUGAAUUUGUGAAAAAUGUUGAAGAACAUAAUCCAGCUGAUAAUGAGAAUUAUUGGUCAUUUAUUAAAGAGUUAUCGUCUACCAUUGCUGAACAUGAUAUUAUGAAUUUAGUCGAUUAUCUAGAUGAAUAUUCUGACAAACAGUUAAUUGAAAAUGACACUGUGUCAUCACUCAUUCAACUUAAACAGUUGGUUGUGCAAUUAAUGAAUGGAUCUAAAAAAAUGGAUGAAUUUUUGAAAGUUUUGCAAAAUAUUAGUCAGGCUUUACCCAUUAAACUCCAAGAAUAUAUUGGCUUUAACAUGGCUUUACAAAACAUGCUUAGAAACAUUUCAUAUAUAGAAGAAGUGACAAAAGAAAAGAUCCAAAAUGCCGUAUUGAGAGGAACUUAUACUUUUGAAAAAGAUGACAAGAGUGAUAAAUUUAAUGUUUCACUGGUAUAUCAAGCUAGAGGAGCUGCCGAUAAAAUAAAACAUAACAUGUCCAAUUUACUAAAUUUACGUGGACGUGCUCUAUUAAUCACAAAACCUGCUAAUAUUAAUUCGGAUUUGACAGAAGGGGAAGAUUCAAGAAAAAUAAUGAGUGAAUUUGUAUUGCAAGUAGAUAUUGCACAAAAAAUUCUUAAUGUUGGAUCUAAUCUUAUCCAGAUAGGGCAUUUUGACUAUCGACGGUUUGAAGAAAUUAUAGGAACUGAGAAAAGUGUUGAAACUCCAGAAAUGAUAGCUUUAUUAGAGAAUCUUAAAGUGGACUUACAAAAUUGGAAAAAAGCAGUAGAUGAAGCACAAGAUCACCAUUACUAUUUGACAUUCUUCCCUGCGCGUCAUAUUCUUGCCUUUUAUGACUAUUUUACAUCUGAUGUGCAAGAUAACGAAAACACAGAGAUCUGCAGAGCUCUUAUAAAGUUUGUUAAUAGUGAAGCAGAGUUACCUUCUCAAAAAGACCAUUCAGGCAUUUCACGCGAAAACACCGAUUAUUCAUAUACACUAAAAGAAAUUGGUGAGAAAUUGAAUGUUAUUUUCGGAAAUUUAUUAAAAACGCCACGUGAACUUAAAGUUAGAGGCGAACAUAUUAUUUCUGAUGUUGUCGAUAGGGGUAAAUUAUUUGUUGCCUCAUGCAACGAUAAAUUAUGUAUACCAAAUAUAAUCAUGAGUUUGUACGCUAGCAAUGGCUUCUAUCCCGAACCAUGGCAAAUCUUAAUUUGUACAAAGUCAACGACUAUUGAAGAGCUUAAUAUUUUUAUCAUACGUUGUUUUUUUGCUGCAAAAAAUGGAUAUAGAGAAAAUUUAUUUUGCAUUGCGAAUUUAGAGCUACUCGAGCUUGUGUUGCAAAUUAGCCUAGUAGAAAUUAUUAAAUCAAUGUGUGAUAAACAUAAUGAUUAUUUAUUGGCAUUAGUUUAUCAUCAUAAGGUCCCGUUCCAUCAUCACAUAUUAGACCAAUUUUCACAAGAUGUUCAUUUAACAAAUGGCCUUAACGCUGAAAUCAUGAAAGCAAUUUAUCAUGAUUUGUGUAGUAACGUUACUUGUGUAUCUUCAGACCUACCUGGGCAAGGCAAAACUGAAUGGAUUAAACAAGCUAGUUUAAAGAAAAAAAAAGGGUUACAUAGUUUUUUGAUCAGUGAUAGCUCAAAUUACGAAAGUCUUGUCUGCCAGCUUAAAGAUCGCAAAAUUCACCCAACUGAAAGUUUGCAUAUAAAUAUUAUGUCGGCUGAAAAUCCGAACGAAAUCAAUCUAUUUUUAUUUGAACUAUUAACGCUAGGGUUCGUUUCUAAUAAUAUUUACAUAAUAAGUCUUCCGCGAAUUCCCAUAUUCAUUGAAGUGGCAACAACCGUUAAUCAGGAACUUCUUAACUCACUUCCUAUAGCCAGUUAUUUAAUAAAAGAACAUUUAUCAUGGAGUAUUCGUAAUCUUAAUGUAUCCUCUGAGAUAUGCGAUCCAAUUCAAAUUGUGUGCAAUUAUUUAGAUGCACAUGAAAAACAUGAAAUUAACGAGAGAGAUAUUAUAUUCCAUGGUCAAGGCUUUAUAACAAAACCGUUAUCCGAUAAAAGAUGUCAAGAUUUAAUAGUAAAAUACUUUUUAGAAGGAAAUACUGACAAUAUUACCUCAUUCCGAUUUAUAGAAAUAUUUACUAAUGUACUAGCAGAUCAACUUUUUCGCCUUUCAUCAAACACUUGUCUUACUGUAGAAAAUUUAAAACUACUGAUUAAUGAAAAAACAUUGAGAACGACACUGGUUGAAUUGUUAAUUGAAGUUUCUAAAGAAUUUGCGACCAGAUCAGUAAAGACUAAGGCGGCACAAUUAGAAUCAACAUGCGAUGAUUAUGAGGCGAAAUUCAAAAUAGCUCAGUGGGACGUAUCUAGUCAUCUUUUGGUCUGUUUCAUGUCACAAAAUCCAGAUUUAAUUUGUGCUUUAUAUCGUCAAAAAAAAACUGUUCCAGAAAAUGUUAAGGAAUUUCUUAAAAUUCAAUCCAUGACCGACCCAGACAAAUGGGAAUUAAAAUAUUAUAGUCAGAUUCCACCUAAAUUAUUAUUAGAAAUGCUUAAAUGUUUAGCACGUCGACCAGCGUAUGAAAUUGAUCUUCCAUCCUAUCGCAAUGCUUUGUCAGCUGAUAAUCUAGCACGUCGAACAGCGUAUGAAAUUGAUCUUCCAUCCUAUCGCUAUGCUUUGUCAGCUGAUAAUCUAGUAAAGAUGGCAUUAAUCUUAUUAAGGACACGUGCUAAUGUUCCUAUUGUCAUUAUGGGAGAAGCUGGUUGUGGCAAGUCGAGUUUAAUAGGAUUCUUGGCCAAGGUAGCUGAGGUUAAUUACGAACCAUUCAAUCUCCAUGCAGGAAUUAAGGAGCAAGACAUAUUAGAUUUCAUGAACAAGGCUCAGAAAAAAGCCGAUAACGGCGAGUUAUGGUUAUUCUUCGACGAAAUUAAUACUUGUAAUCAUACUGGAUUGCUUGCGAAUAUAAUAACGCACCGCGCUUUUGAUGGAAAAUUAUUACACCCUAAUAUCAAACUUCUUUCGGCAUGUAAUCCUUAUCGUAAAAGGAUCAAAUCCCAAAAUCAAGCUGGAAUAAAAACUAAGGUUAAAAAAUAUGAAGAUCAAAGUAAUCUUGUAUAUCAAGUAAAACCACUUCCGGAUCAAAUAUUAGAUUAUGUUUGGGAUUAUGGCGUUCUCUUUUCAAAAGAUGAAAAAAGAUAUAUACGAUUAAUGGUGCAAACCCGAUUUAGUGAAGGACAAGAAUUAUUUACAAAGCUCUUAAUUGCUUCGCAGCAGUUUAUUCGUUUAAUUGAAGAAAAUUAUAGCGUUAGUUUGCGUGAUGUAAAACGAGCAAUUAAAUUAGUUUCAUUCUUUGAAGAAAGUCUUCAGACGCGUUCAAAUUCAGAAUACUCGGGAGGAAAUAAAAACUAUCCGCCUCCUGAUGGUUCAAGUCGUAUUAGUCUUCAAAUCCGUAGUUAUAUUUUAGCACUUAGCCUUUGUUAUCAAUCUAGAAUAUAUGACCAAGAAUCGCGAAGUGGAUAUCGGCAAGCAAUGAUUAAUGUAUUCCAAAGGUACAAAAUGAAUGUUGAAGAGAGUGAAUUUACUAGAGUGAUUCGAGAUGAGCAAGAAGAUUGGUUUAAAAGAAUGCAGUUGCCACCAGAAACUGUGAUGAAUGAGGCACUAUUAGAAAAUGUUUUAGUGGUGAUUGUUUGUAUUCUUACUAAAAUUCCUACGUUUAUUAUCGGUACACCUGGAUCAUCAAAAUCUUUAGCGAUCAAACUUGUAAGACUAAACCUACGUGGAUCUGAUUCAAAUGAUAAAUAUUUCCGAAAACUUCCUCAGGUAUACCUUAUUUCCUACCAAGGGUCGUCAUCAUCUACUUCUGACGGCAUCAUUAAAGUUUUUGAUAAAGCUAUUAAAUACCAAGAAACCAGUUCAAAAGAGUUUUCCGUGAUCAGUGUUGUUGUAUUUGAUGGAAUUGGAUUGGCUGAAAAUAAUUCACAUAAGCCACUUAAAGUACUUCAUGCACUACUUGAACCAAAUUAUCCGUCUGAUGGGCCAGCAGUUUCCUUCGUUGGUAUUAGCAAUUGGAGAUUAGAUAUAAGUAAAAGCAGCAGAGCUUUAUUAGUUCAAAGGCCUAAAUUUGGUAUUGAGGAUCUUAUCGAUACUGCUGUUCGUUUAUUUGACUUUAAAUUGCAAGAAUCUAUGACGCGUAACUCACUUCGACCACUUGCAGAAGCAUAUUCGGAGUAUGAAGGAUGUGAUGUCUCAGAAGAAUUUCUUAUAGAUAAAAUUAUAAGUGAAGAUAACGCAACUCAAUUAGAUCAAUGGCAACACGAAGUUGUCAAGAUUUUAUCAUUUAGUGCGAAGAUUUUAAAAACAAAUAAAUUAAGAUCAUAUCAAUUAUUAUGUAUUUGUAAUGAUAUAAUAUCGUCCAAAUUAUUACAACUACCAAACAUUAAGGAAAUUAUAAAAUUGGGUGAAUGGAGAGCAUUAGACCGUCACGCUUCCGAAUAUUUGGAAGCUGUUUAUAAAUUAAAUAAUUUAUCAAAUGGGUAUAAACAAACCAUAAGAAGAAUACUCUUAAACAAUCAAUCACUCCUUCGCUUGGAUAAUACCAUAGAUAAUAAUAAUUUGUACUUAAAAUCAGUUAUAGCUCAUAUUAUAGCAAUGCAUGCAUCGAUUCCUCCAGAUUCUACUCCACUUGCGACAUAUUUUCAUAAGAUAGAAGCAUGUCAAGAUAUGUUCACUUUGACAACUGUUUCUGACGUUGAAUCACCAAUUUUAAAUAAUUCACCGAUAACUGAACCUAUAAAAUUCGAAGAUCAACCUGGAUAUAUUGGAGAGCAAGUUAACAAGGCGUUUGGUCAUUCAGUUCGAUCUAUGCCACCUUCUUCUUAUAGAAUUUUACAUUUAAUUGUUCAUACUCUAAUUGGGUCCUCUGCACAUUCUCAAGCAACACUAAACUUCCUACACAGACAUAACCAAAUAGCAAAUAACACUGAGCAAUAUUGUUUGGCCCACAUAAAUGCUGAUUGGACAGUUCUUAAACAAAUCCUUGAUUGUUCCGAUGAAAGCUUAGCAUUGUUAUUCCAUUCAUUACUUACUACAAUGACAGAAACACUCCUGCCUGCGUCAAUGCUAAGGACGCCAGCUGAGCGUGAGGAUUGGGAAAUGCAUUUUACCCGAAAUUAUGUUUCUCCAUUAAUUAGAAGUGUUAUUGAAAAAGCAACAAACUUUCGUGCAGCAUUAGCGGCUGCGGCUGAAGAUCAGGAAAUGGGAACUUCGACUUCCAUAAUAGUAACACCUAGAACACUUAAGCAAGCUUGUAUUGAUAACAUUAUUUCAUACAACCAAGAAGAGUUUAGGGAAAUUCAUGAAAUAGAAAAAAUUAUAGAUUUUGAAACUAAACAACCUGCAACAAUUAUUAAUGGAAAAGUUAUGAAAUUCUCUGCAGAAGUUUUUGCUACGGCACUAAGAAGGUUUAUUUAUAGAUUUUUACAAGGCCAAAAACAAAAAGAGACUGACCCUCUUUGUCUUUAUAUUUGUGAUUCAUCACUGCACUUUUGGCCUCCAGUAAUUUCUGAAUUGGAAGAUUUGAAAGAACCAUUCCCAGAGAGCUUGUAUGUUAAUCAAGCAUUUGAAGCCUAUAAAUACAUUACGGAACAGAUUGAAAUUUUAUACACUGACCCGGCUGCUCCCAUAUCACAAAGAGGAUCACCUCCAAAGAGAAAACAGAAACCUAGACAUAAUGAUGUGUUUUAG